AUGCUGUUCACUACUUUACUUUGCUUUGCUGGCUUCGCAGCCGCUGCCAACAACAAUGCUCCCGUCGCUGUUGAUGAGGAUGGCAAAGUCACCGACGUGACGGAAGCUGUCAUCGUCCACAACGGAGCCAAGUCUGUCGUCCUCGCCAUCUGGGAGAAGGACUUGACCACAGGUCGGACCUCUACUGGCCUCUGGGACGCCGAAUUCGCCAACCUUCUACAAUACGACUGUAGCAACCGUGUCUCGGCUGUUGCCUUUGGCAUAGAGGUUGAGUUCAACGCCAACGACAAGGGUGCCGGCAGUGUCACCGUCAAUGGCGUCGAGCACCCCAUCGCCGCUGGCGUUGAUGCCGCCGCAGGAAUCAGCUGUUCAAGGAUCUACAGUCACCAGCAGGCAUCUGCGGAGUGCUACAUCCCACUUGAACAAAUCGUUCAGACUCGCGACCUGCCAGGUCUUGAGGGCAAUAGCACAGUCGAGUGCUACCCGGACGGUAUUGGCCUCGACCCCUCGCUGCUCAUUGGUGUUUCCUGGGACGCCGAGGAGGAACUUGCGGCCGACCUUACCUCCGAUAUCUUUGACGCUGAUGUUGAAGAGAGCAACCCAAAGGGAAGACAGGGGCCCUCCAUUGAGCGUCGCCAGCUGGAUAGGGCCCGACCACACCCGAACCCGGUGCCCUACAGCACUGGUAAAGAAACUUCUUAUUCAGUGACUCAUACUGCCACCUUCAACUUUGCAGGGCUCGGUAGGCUAGAGUGGAUCUCUGGUGGCUACUCCGUGUCUUAUACAUGGGGACAAUCCAAGAUCUACAACUGCGAGGGUGAACGUGGGGACAUUAUCUGUCUGAAGCAUCGGCGGUAUUUCCAAGGCUACCGUGCUGAGCUCAUGAGGCACGAUUUCUGGGGCAGGCCUUAUGAAAAGGUUAGGGACGUCUGGAUCCGAUCGCCAGUCCAGGCAGAAUCCCACAACGGCGAUGGACACUACUGUGUCGUCAACGGUUGCCACGGCGAAGGUAAUACUCACUGGCAACAUGUGGGACCUGGCCUCCUCAAAGUCGCUUAA